AUCCAGAUAAGUGCCAUAUCUACGAAAGAUAAAUUUAGAUAAUUGAAAACAUUAUUUCAUAAUUGUACAAUUUCCAAGAUUAUAUCAACUUGACCGUGAGAAAAAUUUACAACUGCUAUCAUUUCUUUGAUAAAUUCGAUGGUUUUUAUUUUAUAAUAUUCGAGUUGGAUAUCGCGAUAUGACAUCAACACGAUAUAAUUCGAUAAGUAUCGUGAGCUGCUGACGUGUUCGAAAUCUGCAAGAAUUUGAAGCUACCAUGAUAUUACAAUCAUAUUUACCCAUAGAACACCGGACUGGUGGUAAUUCACUGAUAAAUAUUGUACAUUGAUUCAAUAUUUAGGUAGUUGAGAAUAUAUAGAAUUUAAAUUUUGCACUGGACGUUAGCAGAAGUUUCCACGUGUUGUCUAUAUCUAUUAUUUACUUGUAAAUAGUAACGGAAGAUGCCAGUUGAAGAGGGUUUUGCCACAAAAGCUAUUCACGCUGGCCAAGAUCCAUUACAAUGGAGUCAUUGGGAAGUAGUACCUCCUAUUGUAACAUCCACUACUUACCGUCAGGAUGGACCUGGAGUAACUAGAGUAAAUUGCUUUUACUUCAAAACUAAAGACGUUGUACUCUUACACAAUGAAAAUGGUUAUGAUUAUGGAAGAAGUGGCAAUCCCACAAGAAAUAUUUUAGAAACUUGUUUAGCUUCUCUGGAAAAUGGAAAAUAUGCGUUAACUUUCGCUUCUGGAUUAGGUGCUACAACAGUAGUAACUUCAUUAUUAAAUGCAGGAGAUCAUAUUAUAUCUGGAGAUGAUAUUUAUGGUGGAACUAAUCGUUUUUUUCAAAAAUGUUUAUGCAGACAAAGUAAUACAAUAACGUUUGUGGAUAUGUUGGAUAUUAGUAAUGUUACAUCUAAUAUAAAAUCAAAUACAAAGAUGGUUUGGCUAGAGACACCAACUAAUCCUUUAUUGAAAGUAAUUGAUAUUCAGGGUGUUGUUCAAGCAGUGAAGGAAAAAAAUCCUGAAAUUAUUGUAGUGGUAGACAAUACUUUUCUAACAAGUUACUUCCAGAAACCAUUAAAUUUAGGAGCAGAUAUUGUACUUUAUUCUGUAACAAAAUAUAUAAAUGGACAUUCGGAUGUUAUUAUGGGUGCAAUAAUUACAAAUAGAAAUGAUCUCCGGGAAAGGCUUGCAUUUUUUCAAAAUGCUAUGGGUAUUACUCCAUCGCCAAUAGAUUGUUUUUUGGUUAAUCGUAGUAUAAAAACUCUGAAAAUUAGAAUGCAACAGCAUAUGGAAAACGGAUUAGCAGUUGCACGAUUUUUAGAAUCACAUUCUUGUGUAGAUAAAGUAUUUCAUCCAUACCUUCCUUCACAUCCACAGCAUGAAAUUGCUCUUAAACAAGCAUCUGGUCAUAGUGGAAUGGUUUCGUUUUAUCUAAAGGGCGAUUCUAACAAAUUUUUAAAGGCCUUAAAAAUAUUUACAUUAGCAGAAUCACUUGGUGGUUAUGAAUCUCUUGCUGAAUUGCCAUCUGUGAUGACUCAUGCAUCAGUUCCUGAAGAAGAUAGAAAAAAAUUAGGUAUUAAUGAUCAAUUAAUUCGUUUAUCUGUUGGUCUUGAAACAAAGGAAGAUCUUUUAGCUGAUCUCGAUCAAGCUCUUAAAGCUAGUCUCUAAAACUAAAGUCUAAAACUAAAGUCUCAAUGAACAUACUAAUUGAUGUCCGACAAGUUUUUAUACAAUAUAUGGCAUAAAAUAUAAACAUAUUUUUCUAAAAAGUAAAAUUGUUUAAGCACUUUAUAAUGUAUAUAAUAUGUGAAUUAUUUUACUAUUAGAAGUUUUCUAAAUAAUUUUUUAUUUAAUUUAAAUAUAUACCAACAAUCCUGGUACUAAUAUUGCACAUUAUAGCAAACAAUGUAUUAAUAUAAUAAUAACUAUCAAAUUUGUUCUAAUAGAAGAUCAUGAUAUACAUAUUUUUUAAAAAAGA